UUUUCACUUCACAGCCAAACUUUCGAGCUUCAAGUCCUUUGACCUUCGGUCGUCCAUUCGUUGUUACCAACUAAUACUAUCAUUAAUAAUACACACUCGCCAACUCUCUCCCACCACCUCCACCACCACCAACCAACACUUCCAACUUCACCGUUUCAAGUUCUAAUACCCAACAAUCAACAUGCGUUACUCCCUCGCCAUCGCUGCCUUCGCCGGCCUUGCCGCUGCCGUUCCCCAAUACGGCGCAUACCCCGCCGCCCCGGCCAGCACCCCCGCUGCCCCGGCCUACCCAGCUUACCCUGCUGAGCCCAGCAAGCCCGCCUACCCUGAGGUCCCUGCUGAGAGCUCCAAGGCUCCUGAGUACCCAGCCUACCCCGCUGAGACUCCCUCCGCCCCUGCUCCUGAGUACCCCGCCUCCAAGAUCCCCGAGGUUCCCGAGCACGAGUCCUCCGCUAUGCCUACUCCUUCGGCCUCCAAGCCUGUUGAGUACCCCAUGGAGACUCCUUCCAAGCCCGCUGAGUACCCCGUCGAGUCCACCAAGACUCCCGAGGUUCCCGAGCACGCCACCUCUGAGGUUCCCUCUUACCCUGCCUCCUCCAAGACCCCUGAGGUCCCCGAGGCCGAGACCACCUCUUGCCUCAGCUCCACCACUAUCACCGUCACCGUCCCCUACCCCACCGGUACUCCCGUCGUUCCUGGUGCUGGCAAGCCCUCCGGCUACCCCAUGGUUCCCGGUGCUGGCAAGCCUUCCGGCUCUGCUCCUUACCCAUCUGCCCCUGCCGGCGGUGCUCCCUACCCCUCUGUCCCCGCUGGCACUGGUGCUCCCCCUGCUGCCGGCACUGGCUACCCCACCAAGACCGGUGGCUACGUCAAGCCCUCCACCCCUGCUGAGUUCACUGGUGCUGCCUCUGCUCUCAACGUCGGUGGCUUCGUUGCCGGUGUUGGUGCUUUCGCUGCUUUCUUCUUGUAAAUGUCAUAACUUUCAAUUGAGCUUGUCUACGGGCAGGCUAUGACUUUACACGAUACAUUGCACUGAGGAUUGGUCUUCACUUCAGAGUAGAUAUCCUUGGUGUCGGAAAGGGUAAUUGUAAUUAGUCCGGGGAUGGUGUGGUUGAAUAAGAACUUGGAAAAUACUUUUUGGUGCCUUCGUUGAUCGUGAUGCUUUCAGUGCUGUGAAGUCGAAUAUCAAUACACGGUGCUAUAUUGGCCUUUGCUCUCCAUGAUCUUAGGAUACGUACUGCCUGUCCUGAGACAGGGCUCGUGAUUCGGCAACCUCGGCCGAUGCUGAAUCAACUUGGUUUCUGUAGUUAUCCGACUGUAGUCAACACCCGUUGUAGUACUUACACAUUCGCCUGCUUGCAAUCGAGCUUUUGGCUACCAAAGUGGCGCAGGUCUGUACACACGGCACCGUGGUCGCAAACAAUCACACAACAUAACU